AUGACCUCCUCGCUUUCCCUGCCCAACCGGCCUCUGAGUGUCAAGGAGAUCUCGGACCAGGCUGAUGCCUUCGAGCGCAACACGAACAUACCCUUGAAGGCCUGGCUGCGAACGGCGCAUACACUGUACCAUGAGGGCGAGGUCUACAUGCGCGAAGGCAACUUUGCCCAAGCUUACCUGCUUUACCUCCGGUACUCGACAUUGUUGGUAGACGUGCUCAAGAUACACCCAGAGGCUAAGAGCCCCGAGGGAAAGAAAGCGCUGAAAUCCCAAUACCAAACCGUCAAUAUCGUCUUGAAUAAUCUCGAGAAGAUAAAACCUAUUGUCCAGCGGGAGUAUGAAGAGUGGCAAGAGUCGGAGUCUAGAAGGCAAGCGACGCGUGACCAAGAACAAGUCGACCGCGCGAAGUCGCAAACCCCCUCCACCUACGAGGACCAUGCCUCUAUAGACCCGGCUCUCUCGUCUUCCGCGCGAUUGCUCGAUGCAGGGGAGAACCAGGAGCUCGCCGUUGAUCUAGCCCAGCGAGAGCUCCAGCGCAGAGAUGCUAGUAGAAAGGCUACCAGGAAGGCCGGAGUGUCGCAUCAGGAGGAGCAGAAACGUCGGAUCGCCGGUUUCUGGGACAACUGGACUCACGAGCUGGCAGAUAGGCAAGCCGAUGACGAGGAGGCCUUCCGGAAACAGAUGGAAUCGACAAGGAGAAGGCUUGAUGGGAGCGAAGAGCCACGCCCUGACGACUCAACUCACGAUCUGCCUCGCCCGCAACGACCCAGUGCUCGGCAGUCUGUGACGUCUGAUACAAGAGCUUCCGGUUAUCGCUAUCCGUCUAUCUCCAAAUCUGAGCCUGUUCAGUACGACACCCUCCAACCGAAAGUCAGGAGAGACCUACCUGCUCAGCCCCCGAGGCCACCGAAAGAAUCGCCCUAUCCGCAGUUCAGAGACAGCCCGAGCCACUUACCUACACCCCUUGCGCCAGAACGUCCUGGCAAAGAACAGAUAUAUCCCGAGAGGACAGCCUCUGCUUCUGAGCAGUUACAGGAGCGCCCUACACCACCUCCCAAGGCACGCGACCCGGCGUCCAUGCCUGCAAAGCAGCAGCGCCUAACGUUCAAACCGGCGGCAUACCUUGAGAAUGGCGAACCAAUACGACCCAUUUUUUUGCCGGCUCAGUUACGGGAUCGUUUCCUCUCUAUCGCAUCGGAGAAUACCAGGCGCGGCCUCGAGAUGUGCGGCAUUCUCUGCGGGACUGCCGUUAACAACGCGUUGUUCGUGCGGUGCCUAUUGAUCCCUGAGCAGAAGUGCACCUCGGACACGUGCGAGACGGAGAACGAGGGCAGCAUGCUGGAGUAUUGCAUCAACGAGGAUCUGCUCAUGCUUGGAUGGAUUCAUACGCACCCGACGCAGACGUGCUUCAUGAGCUCCAGAGACCUCCACACACAGUCCGGUUACCAGGUGAUGAUGCCCGAGAGUAUCGCAAUCGUGUGUGCCCCGAAGUUCAAGCCUUCAUACGGCAUUUUCCGCUUGACUAACCCCCCUGGGCUGCCACACGUCCUGAACUGUACGCAGUCGGCGACGUUCCACCAGCAUCAUGUGGACAACCUGUACACGCAGGCAGGACACCCGCCAGGCCACGUCUACGAGAACGAGAAGCUUGAUUUCUACGUACACGACCUUCGUCCUGGUGCCCAUAACAGCACAUUGCAGCGCAAGAACUUUUAG